AUGCCCGAUCACCUCGAGAAAUGCGGUUUAAACCUGACCAAAACACCGACUUGCAAAAACGGCAUCCUGGUUGACUUCGAUAAUUCAAAUCCAAUCAGAGACAUCAGCUGCCCGAUCUUGCUCUCCGUGAACAUCAAAGGGAAAAUUUACACGCUAGAUGCGGAGGUAGACGAAGAUGUUCGAGAAGAAGGAUAUCCUCGUGCGCGGUCGAUAACCCAGUUUAUCAAAGGGUCCAGCGGACGAUCGAUCACAUUCCAAGCAAACGCCCUCACAUUUGAGAGUGAAUUCAAAAGGCGUCAGUUCAAAUUCUCGUUGGGAUCGCAGCAUGGUCUCUACGAUGAUUAUCCACUGGCAUUUUAUCGAAACGGUGGUGGCGUUUAUCACCCCAGGGCUGGGUACAAGUGUGUUGAUGAUACUCCGCGGCUGAUUUUAUUGCCUCCUGAUAGUUCCGUUUUCAUAGUGCAUGAACCGCAGUUCGAAAACGAUUUUGUAAAAUGGAGUUUUGGCCCGCCUACUGGCGGCGUUCUCUCCUAUGGAGGAGGCAGAGACCAUCAUAUCCAUGAUGUUUACGUCGAGAUUCAGGGGUAG